UUCCAAAAAAAAUACAUGAGGCAUCUUACAUAGCUUCACAUUCAUAGGGAUAGGGAUGUACGUACUACGUAGUACUUCGUAUAUAAUUAACGACCCAAUUUAUGUAACCGUAGAGAUUUGAGGUGAUACAAAAGAAAAACUCGCAUAAGUUUACCGGCAUAAAAAACCGGCAAAUGGUGAUCAGAAAUUCAUAUGGGACCUCGCCUGAAGAGAAAACUCAUUUUCUAUUUUCAUAUAAUUUCCCAAUCAGCUCAGCGGCCAGACACAACCCUCCCCGGACACCCCAAUAUGUUCCGCAUUUAAUUUCGAACUUCUUGCUUAAGGAGGGUUCUUUUUCUCGAUCUGGCCAUGCACAAAACCUUGAUCGAUGGAAUGUAGAUUGGUAAUUUUUUGUUCUUGCCUUUGUGCUUUGACGAGUUCAGCAGGGUCCAAUUCGUUGGGAGUUUUUCUCGUUUUUGUGUGCCACAUUUCAAGUUUAGCAGUGCAUUUCAUGAUUUUUUAUUAUUACAUAAUAAUGGCCGGGCUCUGCCGUUGAUGAACUCUACGUGUGGAUUACUUAGAAUUACAGAAGUGAUUAAUUCAGUUAUUUCUGAGUGGUGUGCAAUCAUAUAUGUAAUAUAUGUGAUUCUUGCUUCAAAGGCUUGAUAUUUGUCCCCUCUCCUAAGCAAGGAGGAUGCUUUUCAGGUUUUGGAGUCAUUUCUGUAAUGGUAAUGAAUGUUUUGAGUGGAUUUCAGUUUUCAUAUUCAAGAGCAAAUGCAUAUCAAAACAGUUGUUCUGUGUAUGGUUCCUGUACUUCUAUGUUUCGGUAUGGGGGCAACAAGCAAGACGAACAUGAAGCAUGCAGAAGAGGAUUUACUGGCCACUCUAGUCAAAUAUGGAGGGAUAAAUCAUGACCAGGUAGUACUUGUACUUGGGUCUUCAGUAUGCAUGCUCUAGUUAUUGUUGAAUAUCUUCUAUGUUUAUAAAUCUUUUGUGACUAAGGCUUGGAUGUUGUUUUUGUUGCUAUUGAAUUGGAGAAUAAUUGCAUGUUUUCUUGUUGCUGAUUGAUCACAUUAAGCAGCAUUUGUAAUCAGAUUAUCAAUUCUAGAAGCUGCAUAUCCAUUUUCUAGCCAUUUGUCAUUUUUACGAAACCGAAAUUUAAGUUUACGAUGAUAUAGGCACGGUUACACUUUUGUUUUUCAGCCCCAACUCAUAAUGAUCCACCUUGCCCCCUACAAACCUCCACAAUAACUUGAGUUUUGCAGCAUAUCAUGCACUUUCGUGGCUUUUACUUUCUAUAGCUCUGAUAAACAGGUUAUCAGUUGUAGUUGACAUGAACGACUAAUGAAAUCAAAGCUAAAAAAGGUAACAAAUAUAAAAAAGAUUAAAAGAUAAGAUAAGAUAAAAAGAAAGGUAAAGAGGAUAAGAGGUAAAAAUAAAAAGGUAACGAUAAAAAAGAUAAAAAGAUAAACAUAAGAAAGAUAAAAAUGUAAAUAAAGAUAGAAAAAAUAAAAAGAAUUUAAUCCUCCACCCGAAUAUGCCGCCUCCACUUCACUCUCUUCAAAGUCAUACUCUCAUCCAACCCAAGAAGCCAAUAAACGAGGAUGGUGCUCAACUGCUCAACUGAGCAACAUGUUCUUUGAUGUUAUUGCUUUAUUCUUUUGUUACAUGGCUAUUGGAAGGUGCACCUCAUCAAGGCAACCUCCAGGACAUGUUUUUUUCCAAUCACCCUUGUUGCCGGAAAAGUAAUAUAAGAGAAUUCUUUUUAAAAAAUAAUCCAAACAGAUCCGAAAAAUCCAAAGAGGAAGAUGGUUUGGAUGUCUCCUUGACGAGACGCACCUCCCAAUAUUUUUCUUAUAAUUUUUUGGACAUUUUUUAAAUCAAAGUUACUGUUCAUCUUCUUCCUCCGGUGAUUUCUGACGGCGUUAGCGCUAGGCCCCUGGUGUGAUAAUAGAAUUGAAACACAUGACUUACUUUGUUAAGAAAUGAAACACAAAACCCUAUUUGAAAAUGGGUCCUACCACAGGUACCUUUUCCGUAGUUUUCCCUUUUUGUUUUUCAGAGGCCAACUCUUAUGAAACUAUGAUAGGCAUCUAUUUGGUAAGGAAUCCUCUUCAGGACUGAAGAUGAUCAUUGGAUGAGAAAGGGAGAGAGGGGAGAAUAGAGUGGGUGGGGUAGGCAGCUGAGUAGAAUAGAGAAAAAGACAGAGAGACAAGAGAGAGAAAAGGAAAAGGAGAAAAGGAAAUGGACAGGAGUAGGAUACCAUCUAUUAGGAUUUAUGGGCUCAUCAUGGAGGAACUCUUAAUUUAGCAGUUUAGCCUCUAUGAUGUGUGAGCAGUUUGUAACAUUAACCUGUGUUUCUAGUUUCUACAAGAAGAAUUGGGAUUAUACUUUGGCCUGAUUUGGGAAAACAUAGCUAGUCUGGUGACUUGAUAAAUGACAACACUUCAGCAUGACGAGCAAAACCAGCAUGCCCUGCCUCUCUCCUUUUGGGCUCACAUAGAAGUGUUUCCUCUAGUGUUUAGAGCCUCAACCAUAUAAUAGCUUUAUUGAUGUUUACCAUAUCCCAAUCCAAUCAUGUUUAUUUGAUUGCCCCCAUAUCCGUUUUUGAAUUUAGAAAGUACUUGAUUAUCUGAUAGUAAAAAAUAUCUCAUGGAAAUGCCAAUUGUGUUUUGUUGUUGUCACCUUUUUAAAAUAAAAGGGAAAACAUUGGGGAGAACUUGGAAAUGCCAAACAUUGGGGAGAACUUGGAAAGAGUGAGAAAGGGGCAUAAAUUAGGAAAUAGAAGAAAAGAUUAAUAAUUUUUUUAGUAAAAAUGGAAAGAGGAAGAACUUUUGAAGAUGGUAAAAGGAGGAAAAAACAUAUAGAGAAGGGAGUAUUUAUUUCAAUUUUGCUUCAUAAGUUGUGCACUCGUUUCGGGGUUGACUUGUUUGAAAGGAAGUGGAACAAAUGAAAUGCAUCAAUUAUUUAAUGAAUGUGUUUUGCUGCAGGCUGAGUUAAUAUGGUUAAACUGUAGGAUAGAGUUGAUCCAUGCCAAGGAAGUAGCAGAAAAUUAUGAAUUUAAUGCUCAAGUGGAUAAGUCUACAGGGAACACGGAAGCAGUUUCUCAUGGCAGGCCAUCUAUGAAACCACAAACGCAAGAAUUUGAAAAUAUCUUGCACCCAUUGGCUAAACAACCCCUUCUGGAUUGUUUAAGGAAGAAAAAUCUCAUGUUUCUUGUCCGCUGUGGCAAAAGUGUUCCAAGAACUUGGUACAACAGGUGUUUGGACUUCUUGUAUGCGAGACAUUGUGCUCCUAAACGACAAUAUGUAAUUCAUAGCUAUGAAGAAGAACAGUCUCAUGAAAUUCUUUCAGUGCAGCCUUUCAUUCCACGAAAACUUAGUGACACUGCUGUUGUCAAACGUUCUAAAGCAAGUUCGAACUCAACUUUAAGAGCAUCAUCAAAGAAUAAAACUGGCAAAAGAAAAAAAUCAAGUUCUGUCUCGGUUGCUGUGCCUGCUGCAGUGACAUUUGUUAUGGUUGCCUUGCUGUUUAUAUGUUGUGUUAAGAUAUGCAAGAGUGGAUCUGGAAAUGGGCAGACUGAUAAGAGGCCUCUUCUGAGCUUAAGCUUAAGUGACUAUUCUGGCGUCUCCUCACAGAAGUCGUUUUCUUCGGACAACUCAUUAAGUAACAAAAAAAGUUCAUUUGACAACAGCUUUCAUGAUAAAAUGGACUGUAAUCUUUUCAUGGAGUCACGUACACUCAAUAACUCUAGAAAGAAUAUCCCAGUGGGACCUGGUUCCUAUCCUGCCACCGUGAUGGAUAAUUUUGUUCUGGUAGAAUCUGGAAAGACAGGAAACACUGGACUGCCUCCCUUAAAGCCACCGCCUGGUAGGGUAGUUCUGCCAUCCCAUCCUGCUAUGACUGCUCCUGCAGCACCAACCCCUCCACCUCCCCCUCCACCUCCCCCUCCACCUAAAGCUGCACCUCCUCCUCCUCCAGUAAUUCCAUCGUCUAGUGGAGGGCGUCCACCACCACCCGGGCCACCUCCACCACCGGGUAUACGUUCAGGUGGCAAGAUUGGUCCUUGCCCCCCACCACCUCCAGGUGCUGGUGUUCCGCCUCCACGUGCCUCAGUCCCUGCCCCUCUAAUGGGCGUGAGGCCACCUCGGGCACCUCUUGGUCCAAGUUAUGAAGAUGAUGGUCCUAAAACUAAGCUGAAGCCUUUCUUCUGGGAUAAGGUUCUGGCCAAUCCUGAUAAUUCAAUGGUUUGGCAUCAGAUAAAAUCCGGAUCUUUCCAGUUCAACGAAGAGAUGAUAGAGACCUUAUUUGGUUAUGCUGCUCAAGAUAAAAAUAAGAAUGGAACAAAGAGAGACCCUUCAGAUGCUUCAAUUCAAUAUAUUCAAAUUAUUGAUCACAAGAAGGCACAAAACCUAUCAAUUCUCUUAAAAGCAUUAAAUGUGACCACAGAAGAAGUUUGCGACGCUCUUAAAGAAGGAAAUGAGCUUCCAGCAGAACUACUUCAAACUCUGCUGAAGAUGGCCCCAACUGCUGAUGAAGAGUUGAAGCUGAGGCUCUAUAAUGGUGACCCUUUACAACUUGGGUUUGCGGAGCGUUUUUUGAAAGUCUUAGUGGACAUUCCAUUUGCAUAUAAGAGGCUUGAAACAUUACAUUUUAUGUGCACUCUUCCGGAGGAUGCAUCAAUGGUUAAAGAGUCAUUUGCAACGUUAGAGGCUGCUUGCACAAAGCUACGGAAAAGCAGGCUGUUCCUCAAACUCCUGGAGGCUGUCCUAAAAACUGGCAAUCGCAUGAAUUCUGGAACAUACCGUGGUGGUGCACAAGCAUUCAAAUUGGACACACUUUUAAAACUAUCUGAUGUGAAAGGCAAAGAUGGGAAGACAACCCUUUUGCACUUUGUGGUUAGAGAGAUAAUCCGUUUGGAAGGUUUACGGGCUGCCCGUGCAUCCAGGGAGCUAAGGAGCAUGUCCAGCAUCAAGUCUGAUGAUCUCUUACUUGAAUCUCCACAAGAUUCAGAAGAGUAUAUUCUAAGCCUCGGUCUAGAGGUCGUGUCAGGUCUGGGUAGUGAGCUUGAGUAUGUCAAGAGAGCUGCUCUCAUAGAUGCGGAUAACUUAACGGGAACAGUUGCUAAGCUUGGCCAUGCAGUAUUGAAUGCCAAAAAAUUUCUAAGCUCAGAAAUGAAGAGUGUGGAUGAAGAGCAAGAUGGGUUCCUUGAGACACUAGAGAAUUUUAUGCAGAGUGCCGAGGGAGAAGUGAGAGAGUUACUUGAACAAGAGAAGCAUAUCAUGUCUCUAGUGAAGAGCACAGGCGAUUACUUCCAUGGAAAUGCAGGGAAGGAUGAAGGUUUGCGCUUAUUUGUCAUAGUUCGCGAUUUUUUGGUAAUACUUGACAAAGUGUGCAUAGAGGUGAGGGCUACACAUAUUAAAACAAAUAAUAAAUAUACAAAGCAUGUUGUUGCUCCUUCAGAACCCUACCCGUCUCCUGAUCUUCAUAAAAAACUUCAUUCCGCCGCAAUUAGUGAAAGGCAGUUGGUAGAUAGUUCAAGUUCUGAUGAUGAUGAAUGAUGUUUUUUGUCUUUUUUUACAUGAAGUGUUACCUUGAGAUAUGUUGACUUAGAUAGGAACCUGUCUUGAACAGAGGUUUGAGAUGGUGUAGUUAUCAAGUGCUAAUUCGUUGUAAAGCUGAUAGAUGGUAUAUUGGUAUGUAUAUUGUUGUAGCUUUGUCUAUUUUGAUCUAAUAACCACUUUUGUAAUCAUGGACCAGUUUUGGUUGUAGCUGUUUAACUCUCCUACUAGAUUGUUAUUGGAUUGGAUGACAUAGGUUGUGCAUUCUUCCAGCAA